AUGGAGUUGAGAGUAGGAAACCGAUACAGGCUGGGAAGAAAAAUUGGAAGUGGUUCAUUUGGAGACAUCUACCUGGGUACUGACAUCUCAGUUGGGGAGGAAGUUGCCAUUAAGUUGGAAUGUGUGAAGACCAAACACCCCCAGCUCCACAUAGAGAGCAAAAUCUACAAGAUGAUGCAGGGUGGAGUGGGUAUCCCAACAAUAAAGUGGUGCGGUGCAGAGGGUGACUACAAUGUGAUGGUGAUGGAGCUGUUGGGGCCCAGUCUGGAGGACCUGUUCAACUUCUGCUCACGGAAAUUCAGCCUCAAGACGGUCCUGCUGCUGGCAGAUCAGAUGAUCAGUCGUAUUGAAUAUAUCCACUCGAAGAACUUCAUCCACAGAGAUGUGAAGCCAGACAACUUCUUGAUGGGGCUGGGCAAGAAGGGCAAUCUGGUCUACAUCAUUGACUUCGGCCUGGCCAAGAAAUACCGUGACGCCCGCACACACCAGCACAUCCCCUACCGCGAGAACAAGAACCUGACUGGCACCGCCCGUUAUGCCUCCAUUAACACUCACCUGGGCAUUGAACAAUCCAGACGGGAUGACCUGGAGUCACUGGGCUAUGUCCUCAUGUACUUCAACCUCGGCUCACUGCCCUGGCAAGGACUCAAGGCUGCCACCAAGAGGCAGAAGUAUGAACGCAUCAGCGAGAAGAAGAUGUCCACGCCCAUCGAGGUCCUCUGUAAAGGCUACCCAUCCGAGUUUGCUACCUACCUGAACUUCUGCCGCUCCCUUCGGUUCGACGACAAACCUGACUACUCAUAUCUGCGCCAGCUUUUCAGAAACCUCUUCCACAGACAGGGCUUCUCUUACGACUAUGUUUUUGACUGGAACAUGCUCAAAUUUGGUGCCAACAGAGCUGUGGAGGACGCUGAGCGGGAGCGUCGGGAGCGCGAAGAGAGGCUGAGGCACAGCAGGAACCCUGGGGCCAGGGGCAUGGCCUCAGCCUCAGGGAGGGCCCGAGCGGCUCAGGAUGUUGCCGCCCCCUCGCCACUCAACCCAGCCUCACACACAGGAAUGGAGAAAGAGAGGAAAGUGAGCAUGCGUCUUCACCGCGGAGCACCCGUCAACAUCUCCUCCUCAGACCUGACAGGACGCCAGGACACAUCUCGCAUGUCCACCUCACAGGCUUUGUCCCGGGUCACGCCCAGCGGCCUCCAGUCUGCAGCUCCACGGUGAAGCCCCUCCCAUCCACCUGUGCACCAUGGAGGCCUCAACAAGCACCACCUGCAGCACACGCACACACACACACACACAUUCACACAUAUACAUGACUCGAAACACCAUUUGACCAAGAGUCAGGCUGCACUCUUGUUCAACUGACAGAGGAGGUGCACAACCAGGGGUGUGUGUGUUUGUGUGUGACAGGGACGAUUGGGGGGAGUUCAGUCUGGUUGCCUUAUCCACCGUUGUCAAAGUAGCAGCCAUAUCCUCCCUUCUAGUCUCUGAAGAUGUGGAAUCACUCCCACUUUCCUCCCUGUUGAUGAAGCCAUGGAUUCAUCUUUUUUGUUUUGUUUUUAUUGCUUUUACUUAUUCUUUUUGUUUAGCAUUAAAAUUCUCUUACACCAGCUCCACUGGCCUGAGUUCACAAGCUGUCAGGUAGAACAUGGAGAAUGAUAAAAAAGUCUUAGUUGUUGAAAAUAGUGUGUGGGACUUUAUUUUAUAAAUAUGGAAGCAAGAAGACACGUGAUCCAUCAUGGCAGUGUUAAAGGAUAGUGCCUAAACUCUGUUUUGUGUCCUCAAAGACUCAUGUAAUCCCACCAAUCAGUACUUUUUUUCUUUAGGUGUAGAUUUCCAGAGAGGGGUCACCCCUUUGUUUUUAAAGUGGGACAAAAGCCUGCUAACUCUUUAUUUUCAUAGGUGACCCCAAUUGAGUUAUUUUAUUCUCCUCAGGCGUGUUGCAACCAGGAUCCAAAAACACGCAGCACAUUUUUCUUUCUGUGUUCAGGUUGUGACUGCAGCGUGCUGCUUGGGAAAGCUGUGAAUGGAGCAGUGAAAUAUUAAGAGUCCCCGUAUCGGCUCUGAAUGGAUGAGAUGCUGUUUUUAACCCAGUGCAUAGUGAUGUGAUUUUUGUUUGUGUGUGUGUGUUUCUGUCUUAGGGUUGUACAAGCUCAAAAGCAGGGGGGAGAUGAACAUGUUUAAAGGGUUUUCUUCUCUUUUCUUUACUUUUUGGGCUCCUUGGCUCCUACGCCUCCCUCAACCAUCGAUCAUUUACAUUUUGGAGCAAACCUAAAGCCAUUUCUACCUGGACCAGGUCACAACAGUCUGUACUGGGCUCAUAAAUGUCCUCUGACCAGAGACCAAGACACCACUUCAACUGGUUCUACAAACCACAUAAGACCACAAAAAUAAACCUGCAGCACAGAAACAUAACAUUGAUUCUAUACAAUACUGUUUCCUUCUGCUCAUAUCUUGAGUUAUGUAUAGUAAACAGCACCAGUUCCAAAAGCGGCUCACAGUUAUUAGAAGUCUGCAUUAAAAGGCAUCCGGAGUAUCUGAAAACACUUCAAUAAUAGACUGUAAUUCUUAGAUUCAGCUGCAAAACUCCAGAUGGAGCAUGUUGCAGCUUUCAGUUUUGACCAAUUUUAUGUUUGUUUGUUUGUUUUUUUAACUUAAUAAUAGAUUACAAGUCACCUUUUAAAAAAGGCAGCCCCAGAGUUCAUUCAGAUUGCACUUUCAUGUUGUUGCUGCCAGGGUAAACUCACGGUUUACAUCCAUACACUUGAUAGUAGUGAUGGAUGACACAACAGUUUAAAAAGUAGAGAUGCACAUCAGCCACUACUCUGUUUAAUCUGGUAAAAAUGUGAAUAUCUGCAAAUACCAAUGCUCGUUGCUUCGAUUGGUUCAUCCCUAGUUUAGUUAAAAUGUAACAAACUUGCAUCACACGCUUAAGACAUGGUGUCUCGGCUGCUUCAGGUUAUUUCAGUUAAAUUUUUUUGAAGAUUCAUCAGCUCAGAGAUGGGAACACUCCACAACAUGAGUCCUGGUAGAGAAUGGGCAUGGCUAAAUGUAAAGGAGGUGGUUGUGGAGCGCCGUGGGUGGAGUCUAGUCUUAAAGGAGGCGUCGGUCACAGCUGAGUCUCAGCAGUACUGAGUCACGUUUCUCGUGGCUCUUAGGUGACACGUUUCCAUCGAGUGAAGACUUUGAGUCAACAGUGGGCUGACCUGACCUGACCAAUGAAUCGUGCAGAUUUUACAGUAGAAAAUUCAGUGGUAGACAGGCUGCGGAGUAACGUAGGCCGUUGUGUGUAGUUUGAAGGGGAACUGGGGCGUAGCGCUAACGUGUACAUGUUUGUUCCGUUGUUGUGUAUAGGAUGUGCCUGGUCUGUUGACCUUUGGGAGGAUGGUAACCGUGUAUGAGGGACUGGGAACCACUCACUCCAGUAGAAGUCAUGCUAAGGCAGUCUGGUUUUGUUUUGUUAAUAUAUUUCACCUGUGGGCUUGAAAAACAAACAAAAAAAGUGAUGGAUUAACUUGUUUGUCUCACUGAUGAUGGCUAUGAUAAAUGCAAGUACACUUUACAUGGGUAAUAGUUUUUUCAGUCUGUCAUGUCUGCUUUCACUCAGUUCUUUUUUCACCACUUGUAUCAGUUUUGCUUUUGACUGUGAAGGCAGUCGAGAUGAUUGUUGACAUCCCACAAUGCAUCUCUUACUGUAGAUACAUGGGAAAUGUUUCUUUCCAUCCCCACCUAAAGACUUUUGCUCCUCAUUUGUAAUGCCACUGUAUUUGUGUAUUUUAAAAUUGUGUAAAUAAAUUAAUAAGUACUUGUA